UUGCUGUGGGGCUAUGCAUUUAGGCGAGAAAUCCCCUUUCCUGGGCACCUACGGAAAUAUUCGGAGACUGUCAGUGUCCUGUGGAGGCAUUGCCACCAGCCUGCAGAUGGAAGACCCGCUAGGCCUCAGACUGGUGGAAGGGUCAGAGGGAUCUGGGGAAAACCCUCAUGUUACCCAGAAAUACCCAAGAAGGAUGCCACAUUCGCAGCAAAAGGUGAAACAGGAGCCAAGGGAAGGGAUCCUUCAGUGCUGGGAAGCCCAGUGGCAGCAGUUCCUGAAGGAAGUGGAGUCUCCUGACUUGGGGUGGGGGAUCCCAGAGGAGCCCACCCCCUGGGACAACACCAAGGCCUUCUUCGCCUCCUUUGAGCAAGUGGCCAAAGCCUGCCAGUGGCCCAAAGAGGGGUGGGUGGCUCGACUCCUGCCGGCCCUCAGUGGACAGGCCAAAUGGGCUUUUGGCAGCUUGGAGGCCAGAGACAGAGAGGAUUAUGGGAAAGUGAAGGCGGCCAUCUUGCGCGGGGACGCCAUCAGCAGGGAGAAGCAGCGCCAGCACUUCCGGCGCUUCUGCUACCAGGAGGCCGAGGGGCCGAGAGGGGCCUACAGCCACCUCCAGGAGCUCUGCCACCGCUGGCUGAAGGUGGAGAGGCACACCAAGGAGCAGAUCCUGGAGCUGCUGAUCCUGGAGCAGUUCCUGACAAUCCUGCCAUCAGAGAUCCAGAGCUGGGUCAGGGAAUGCGGCCCGGACAGCUGUUCCCAGGCAGUGGCCCUGGCGGAGGAUUUUCUAUGGAGGCAGAAGGAGACAGAGAGAUGGGAACAGCAGAAGGAGCCUCUGCCGGGCGAGAAGGGUGCUGUUGGUUUCUUAGGAAUGGAGCGAACCUCUGUGCUUCCAGGCCAGACGCAGCCACGCAGAGAAGCAAAGGAGGAGAAUGACUGUGGUCACAGCCUGCUGGAUUACAGGCAGACGAACGAGCACAACAAUCUUCAGGCAAGGCCCACGCCAGUUGAGUUGCACCGGGCAUCCCAAAGGAGGUCCGUUGAUUGCAGCCCCCGGGGUCCUGAGCAGGGGCAAACUGCUCCGAAGGAGCUCAGACCCAAAACCCAGCAGGGAAACCACAUCCGCAACAGAUCGGUGGAGUCCGUUUCCCCCGCGGCAAACGGAAAGAUCCUUGGCGAAAGCCCGCUGCCCCAGACGCAGAAGAUGAGGGUCGUGUCCAGGGAGGACUUCGGACAGGCCUCGGGCGAAAACGCUCCAGAGAGGCCCUACCACAGGUGCUCCACCUGCGGGAAAACCUUUGGCCAGAGCUCGCACCUUCUCUUCCACCAGAGGACCCACGACGUGGAGAAGCCGUACAAGUGCACCCAGUGCGGGAGCAGCUUCCACUCGCGCCAGGGCCUCAUCUACCACCAGCGGAGCCACGCGGGCGAGAAGCCCUACAAGUGCUCGUUCUGCGGGAAGACCUUCAGCCAGAGCUCCCACCUGCUGGUCCACUGCAGGAGCCACACGGGGGAGAAGCCCUUCAAGUGCCCCGCCUGCGGGAAGUGCUUCAGCCGGAACUCACUGCUGACCGUCCACGAGAGGACCCACACGGGGGAGAAGCCCUACAAGUGCUCGCAGUGCGGGAGCAGGUUCCACUCAGGCUCGGGGCUCAUCAACCACAAGAGGAUCCACGCCGGUGUGAAGCCUUACAAGUGCGCCGAGUGCGGGAGGGACUUCAUCCGCAAAGCACACCUCGCCAGGCAUCAGAACGUACAUGGCGAAGGCAAGGGUGAGAGCCAGCAGGAGAUCCAAUCCAAAUGUUCCCAUGAAGAGCUAAGCUCCUUGCGUGCUUCCAUUGAAUGCAUGCAGUUUUCUUGGGGCCGGCGGGUGCUCUUGGGGCGCACGUGGCGUCACGGGGGGAGAUGCACGUCUGAACGGACGCAGGAACAGGGAAGAUUGGGGACGGGCAUCUCUUCAAACACCAAGCCGAAUCAGAAGACAGAAGCUCAACGCACCCACCUCAAUCACGGUAGUUUAUUCUGGAGUUUUCCAGGAGUUUGUCCCGGGAUGGAAAUGGAAAAAGAUGUUCCCGACGGCAGUACGCAAAAGGAAAGCCCCGGGAAAUCCACUCGCAUCCUCCAGGACAAUGUAAGCCGCAAGCCCAGGAUGGGCUUCAAGGGAGAAAGCGAUACCCCUGAAGCAGUGCAUUGUGGGGGAUCGUGCCGGAGAGCGACUCUGGGCCAGGUGAAGGAGGAGCCGGAAGAUGGUUUGGCCCAGUCCUGGGAAGCCCAGUGGCAGGAGUUUUUGAAGACGAUAGAGUCCCCUCACUCGGAAUGGGGGGUCCCCCAGUUGCCAGAGGAGCCCAGCCCCUGGGACGAUGCCCAGGCCUUCCUGGCCUCCUUCGAGCGAGUGGCCGAAGCCUGCCGGUGGCCCAAGGCUGAGUGGACGGUCCGUCUGUUGCCAGCCCUCAGCGGGGAAGCCGAGCUGGCCUUCAGCAGCCUGGAGGCCGGAGACAAUGAGAAUUAUGGGAAAGUGAAGGCCAUCAUCCUGCGAUGGGACGCCCUCACUAGGGAGAGGUGGCGCCAGCACUUCCGCUGCUUCCGCUACCAGGAGGCUGAGGGGCCGAGAGGGGUUUGCGGGCAGCUCCAAGAGCUCUGCCGCCAAUGGCUGAAGGUGGAGAGGCACACCAAGGAGCAGAUCCUGGAGCUGCUGAUCCUGGAGCAAUUCCUAACCGUCCUGCCGCCUGAGAUCCAGAGCUGGGUGAGGGAGCACAGCCCGGAAACCUGCUCCCAGGCAGUGGCCCUGGCCGAGGAGUUCUUGCUGAGGCAACGAGAAGCUGAGAGACUGGAUAACCAGGUAUUAUUUGAGGAGGACAAGGAGGAAGUGGGUUCGCCUGAGGUUGACCAAACUCCUCCUGAUGCUGUGCAGAGGCCGGCCAACGUGGAAACCAAGCAGGAAGACGGCAGCCACUACGAUGGGGAUCCCUGCCCGUUGGCAGGCAAAGGAUGGAUGGUCGCAGAUGAGGAGGAGAAAUAUUUGCCCGAAGAUUCUGACACGCUGGCGCCACGUGGGACUUCAGCAUGGAAAGAAGAGGAGAGUCUUUCUCCGUGUCACGAGCUCAAUAGUUCCUCGGCAAGUCGGGGAAGAAUGAGGUGCUGUCAGGAAAUCCACCCAGCACAGGAAGCAGAACUACCCACUUCCUGUGGGGAAGGUCCCCAGGUCCCCAGUGAACCCAUGAUCCAAAUAGAGAUUGAUGCCGAUGAUGUGGGGGAGAAUGAGGAAGAACGAGAAUUACCUGGGCUAUUGUCCAGAAGAGAUGGGCAUGAAGAGUUGAAGGAGAUCUUUUGGAAUCGAGAUGGACCACAGAUGGAGGAAGACAACCACACAGGGGAAAAUAAACACCAAUCCGUUCCUUAUCAGGAUGGGAACUGUUAUGACAUCCCAGAUCAACAAGAACUGGCAGAAAACAGGAGAGUCAAGGGCCUUGAUAUUUGUUGGAGAAUACACACAGAAGAGAAACCAGAUCAGAUCUUAGUGUUUGGGAAGAGCUUCACUGAGGGCGGAAACAUUCCAGAAUUUCAAAUGCUCUGUGAAGAGCAGAAACCUUACAAAUGCUUCGUGUGUGGAAAGUGCUUCACACGGAGUACCAACCUUACUUCUCAUCAAAGAAUCCACACAGGGGAGAAGCCCUAUGGCUGCCCAGACUGUAGCAAGAGGUUUUCUAGUCAGUCAGAUCUUAUUAAGCAUAAGAGAAUUCACAGAGGAGAGAAACCAUACAAAUGCUUUGUGUGCGGCAAGAGCUUUAGCCAGGGUGGGCACCUAACCUCGCACCAAAGAAUUCACACAGGGGAGAAACCCUAUAAAUGCUUGGAGUGUGGGAAAAACUUUAGCAAGAACACCAACCUUACUUUGCAUCAGAGAAUCCACACAGGGGAGAAACCAUACAAAUGUCUAGAGUGUGGGAAGAGCUUCACUUGGAAUUCAAACCUUACCUCCCAUCAGAGAAUUCAUACAGGGGAGAAACCGUUCAAAUGCUCAGAUUGUAGUAAGAGCUUCUGCAAUCACUCAACGCUUAUUAAGCACAUGCGAAUCCAUACAGGGGAGAAGCCCUAUAAAUGCUUUGUGUGCGCAAAGAGCUUCAGUCAGAGCUCAAGCCUCACGGCACACAAGAGAAUCCACACAGGGGAGAAACCGUAUAAGUGUUCUGAUUGUGGAAAGAGCUAUAGCAAAAACACAAAUCUUAUUUCACAUCAGAGAAUUCAUACAGUGGGAAAACUGCAUAAGUAAAUUGUUGCAUUAAUGCUUUGAUGUAUACAUAUAGGGGAAACCAUAGAAAUUAAACUUUCUACACAUGAAGAAAUCCAGCUACCAUCUUAUUAGAUAUUCACACACACAAGCUGCAUAAAUGUCUAGAUGUCUGUCUGGAGACCAAGUUAUAAGUCCUGGAAAUCCAUAUGAGUGACAGUGGACAAAAUUGAAGGGGGAUGGCAAUAGUUCAAUAGUCCAUUGUUUCUCUAUCAGUCAGUUAAAAUGUAAACGGAAGGUUAGUAAUUUUGGUGGGCAGUUUUUCCUAGAUAUAUAUUUCUUUUUGUCAACAUUAUGCAAACUACAUCGAAAUAAACAUUUCUUCCAGGUUUUUAAGCAGAACUGUGGUUCGUUGCUUAUUGUUUACAUUUGCUGCA